AUGAAAUUCUACUUCCAUAAUGUCCGUCAUUUCUUCCCCAACCCCUGUCCCCGUCUCCGUCCAGUUACAGAUGACCCGGCCCCCCCUCCACCGCCCCCUCCCGAGGACGUGAUCAUGUUUGAGGAGCCCUCGCCCCCUCCCCCGCCCCCGCCCGUGGACUACCAAGGGGAUGAGGAGGCGGCCGUAGUGCACUACAAUGACCCCUAUGCUGACGGAGACCCCCACUGGGCCCCCAAGGCCUACGCAGAGAAGGGUGAGUUUGACUGGUACCCCCGGAACGUCAGUGACGUAAUACAGAGACCAGUCACUAAUACCCAUUUCAGCAUGAUUUAGGGGCUGUUAUAAGCUUGUUUUUAAAUGGUGCAAAGUAAAUGUCUGUGGACACAGACAAUUAAACGUAUCCAAAUCCGGAUUACCAAUUUAGUACAGGACAUACGAUACUAUAGUACACCCACAAAUUGUAUAUCUUUGGUUUAGGCCUACUAUAAUAUUAGGACUGUAUCUGUACUGUAAUCUCUUUAAGGAAUCCUUUCAAGUACAACCCAUUCCCACCAUUUGUCCUCUCUCACUCUGUUCUGUCUCUGGUCAGGUCGUUAUUGUAAAAGAGAAUGGGUUCUUACCCGGUAAAAACAAACACCAGAAAUAAAUGAAUCCAAUGUAUUUUACAGUGGUGGCUAUUUACGACUACUCCAAGGACAAGGAGGACGAGCUGUCCUUCAUGGAGGGCUCCAUCAUCUACAUCAUCAAGAAGAACGACGACGGCUGGUACGAGGGCGUCUGCAAUGGCGUCACCGGCCUCUUCCCCGGCAACUACGUAGAGUCCAUCAUGCACUACGCAGACUAA